GCCCAAUAUAGCUCUUUUGUCUGCUUGGCUCGGCAUUCUGUCAUUACUUUUUUUUUACCCUUCCGCGAUGUGGGCUUUUUUGACGUCAAUGAGCCGAGGCAUCCAGGUAGCAAAGCUACCAUGCUGUUUUUAUUGUUUUUUUGGGCUCCCUCCCAUUGGCUAGCGAAACGGAUUAUGUUCUCAUCGGACAUUAUUUUUCUGCAAACUUCUUGUGGUUUUUAUUUAUAUCCAUGGCGGCCUGGUGGUGCCUUAUAAUAACUCCCCCGUUCCCUCUCGCCAUCAAGCCUCUAAUGUCUUUCUGAUACAAAGUCGUUAAUGAUCAUACUCGCGGCCUUGUCACUCGCUUCAUAUUACAUGGUUAAGGCUGGCACCUUGCAUUGUUGCAAUAAACUUUUAGACAGCGGGUAGACAUCGACCACCAAAGUCGGGGGUUUCCGACCUUUCUUUCUUCUUUUUUGUAUUCAUCAAAUAUCCUAUUCACACCUGCAUCAUGGCUCAUCACAGUUAUCAAGAUUUCAGAUGGCUUUCGCCAACAACAGCCUCUCAGCCGACGUGGGACUCGCGAUCCGGCCAAGCAGCAGCAGCAGCAUCGCUAAGCAGGACUCAGCCCGGUGCCAUGGCGGACCCGAUAGAUAGCUACGAGGACUUUUCCGGCGACAACGGCGAGGGCGAAAAUAUCACCGCGGGCAGGACGAGGCAGAGGCGCAGCUCGACGGGACCCUGGGCCAGCGGCAACAGCAUCUCGAGCAACGGCGACGGCACGACGGCGGAGCUCUGGGCUUGCCCAUUCUGCAAGUGGAAGCCCCUGAGGUAUCAGGGCUGCCACACGUACAAGCUCAAGGAGAUCUCGAGGGUCAAGCAGCACCUCAGGAGGAAGCACCGCAUCCCGCUCCACUGCGACGUCUGCUCCGAGGAGUUCGCCGACGACGAGGCCCGACUCGCUCACGUCAGGGCGCAGAGCUGCAGCUUGUCUCAGAAUUGCGUGCAAAAGACGUGGGAGGGCGUCACGCCGGAGCAGCAGGAGCUGUUGGAGAGGAGGGCGGAGAGGAACAAGACCAAGGUUGAGCAGUGGUAUUCAAUUUACGAGAUUUUGUUCCCGGGCCAAACGCCCCCGGCAUCACCCUACGUCGACCUCGAGCUAUCCCCCCAGAUGCACUCCUUCCAGGCAUUUCUAGCAUCCGACCAGGCUGCUACGAUCCUAAACGAGGCGACCAUUGCGCAGGUCCCGCCGCACCUGCAAUACGAGGAGAUCCUGGCCAUCUCCAGGGGAAUCUUUGAGCAGGCCAUGCCCGCACUCCUGCAGCAGUACGAAUCGUCGCAGCAGCGGCGCCUGAGCCCCAGGAAACCCGCCGAGCGGGGAGAGGAAGAGGACGGUCAGCUCAGUCGGGUCAGCUCGGACACUUGGAUGAGCGUACCCCCACUGAUUAGGAGAGCCGGGCCGGUGGGGCUGGAGGAAUUCGGCAGCGGCCCGAUGGAGACGGACGAUAACGAUCUGAGCACGGUUUCGAGCCCAGUGACGAGCGUGCGCGUCGUCGCGGAGCAGCAUCACGGCAGUGAACAGCAGCAGCAGCGCCGGGCGCUGGGGAUCAACACGAUGGUGGCGGCGGCGGCGGCGUCGGCCCCGCCGCAUCAGAUUCCGAGGCAGCAGAUGCAGCAGCAGCAGCACCAUCAUCAACAGCAACGGCAACAACAAAGAACCGAUCAGGAUCCUACCACGCCGUUGCACCAGCAGGCUGGCCUGUGGGGGUUGCAGCACCAGAGCCCGCUGUCGCCGGCUUUCUGCGGGGCCUGGGUGAACGAGACGACGACUUCGCAACAGGAGGACGUGAGCAGUCUCGGCAACCCAGACAUGCUUUACUACAACUUUGACGCUUAUGUGCCGCCAUACUACGGAGGGCAGCAAUGAUGAUACCUAUGUGUAAGGAAUAAUGUUUUUGACAUGAAUCAGGAUCAGCUGACAUGUUUGUCCUGGAGACGACAUCUCUUCUCUUCUUUCUUUUUUCUUUUUUUUUUUUUCUUUUCUUCCUUCCUUUUCUUUCUUUUCUGUCCUUUCUUUUUUCGUCUUUCUCAAACAGGUUUUCAGAGAGAGAGAAAUACUGAAUUGGGAAGAAGAUUCGUAUAUCCCAACAAAGUCUCUCCGGGAGAGUGGGUAGAAUUCCGGGAUUUCCUUCAUUAGCAAAUAUGUCUAGAUCGGACGACUUGGAGUUAAUUGGUUCCUGCUUUAUUAUUAUCCAUUGACAUUUUUGGAAAUUCCGCUUUUUUUGAAUUCUAUUGGUCGUUGAUCAUAAGCCACUGCGUAUAUCUCCGCCACGAUUCUUAAUGUCAUCUGCCCCCCCUCUCUUUUUCUUAGUUUAAUUCGGAUGUUACCCCAGG